AUGGCCGAAUCCCCCUCCAAGCUGACGACAGCAACCAUGUCCAAGAAGCGCGGCCUCCUCGCCCUCGGCUGCGAAGGCUCCGCCAACAAACUCGGCAUCGGCGUGAUGCUCCACAACGGUACCGAGUCCACGAUCCUCUCCAACGUCCGACACACCUUCGUGUCGCCGCCUGGGACGGGUUUCCUCCCCAAGGACACGGCCAAGCACCACCGCGCUCACUUUGUCCAGCUCGCGCGCCGCGCCCUCCGCGACGCCGGCGUUGCCCCCGCCGACCUCGACUGCGUCUGCUUCACAAAGGGCCCCGGCAUGGGUGCGCCACUGACCUCGGUCGCCGUCGCCGCCCGCACCCUGAGCCUGCUGUGGGACAAGCCUCUCGUAGGAGUAAACCACUGCGUCGGCCACAUCGAGAUGGGCCGCACCAUCACCGGCGCCCAGAACCCCGUCGUGUUGUAUGUCAGCGGCGGCAAUAGCCAGGUCAUCGCCUACGCCGAGCAGCGGUACCGCAUCUUCGGCGAGACCCUCGACAUCGCCGUGGGUAACUGCCUCGACCGCUUCGCGCGCACUCUCGAGAUCAGCAACGACCCGGCCCCGGGGUACAAUAUCGAGCAGCUCGCCAAGCAGGGCCGCCGGCUGCUCGAGCUGCCGUACGCCGUCAAGGGCAUGGACUGCUCCUUCUCGGGCAUCCUGGCCUCCGCGGAUAUACUGGCGGCGCAGAUGAAGGCGGCUCAGAAGAGGGGCGAGGAGACGUUUACGCCGGCAGACCUGUGCUUCUCGAUGCAGGAGACCGUGUUCGCGAUGCUGGUCGAGAUCACGGAACGGGCCAUGGCCCACGUUGGCAGCAACCAGGUGUUGAUCGUGGGUGGCGUCGGCUGCAACGAGAGGCUGCAGGAGAUGAUGGGCGAGAUGGCCAAGGAGAGGGGCGGUAGCGUGUACGCUACCGACGAGAGGUUCUGCAUCGACAACGGCAUCAUGAUCGCCCACGCCGGCCUGCUGGCGUACGAGACUGGCUUCAGGACGCCGCUCGAGGACAGCUCGUGCACGCAGCGGUUUAGAACAGACGAGGUUCACAUCAAAUGGAGGGACUGA